AGGGCCGACCAUCCUGUCCCCAUCCCCACCCACACCUCCCCCGGGGGGACCCUGGGCGACCUCGGCAGAUCUGACAGCGAAGACCCCGCAGAGUGCCCGUAAAGGGUUCUCCCGGGGGUGGUCAGAGCCUCCGUGGCUCAUUCUAGAUGGAGGUACCUCCGGAAGGAGCUGGCUGACGGCCGUGGCCUUCACCUUGUGGCCACUGGUGACCACACCUCCUCUAGCGCAGAGGCUGCUGCCGGCGGGAAAUGCUGUUCCAGCACAGCCUGCUCCCGGAGACCCUGGUGUGGCCGCCAGGAUGGAGCUGGGCCCAGCAACCCAGACCUUUGUGUUGGAGCUGCGAUGUCUUGAGGAUGGGGGUCCAGGGCCUGACACCCUCUCAGGUGGCAGUGGUGGGGAUGAAAGUCAGGAGGAAGAAGAGGUUCAGGAGGGGAGCAGCCAUCCACAGCAGCCAGUGCUUGCAGCCUCAGUCGGGGCCUAUUACUAUAUUGAGCCAGAGCAGGAGGAACCACAGGACUUGCGAGUGCACCGAUUUAAGCAGCAGCCAGACCAGGAACGUCAGCCUGAGUACAAGCAGUUGCAAGAGCAGCAACCUCAGCAUCAACUGUUAAGAUCCCAGCCAGAAUCGCGGCAGCAAGAUGGGCAACAGCAGCUUUCUCCACCACAGCAAGAACAACAGGAAAACCGGUCCAUGCAGCAUCAGCAACCAAAACCACAGCUGCAGGUGGUACAGCUGCCAAGACUUGGACAAGAGCAACAUUUGUUGCUGCAGCAGCACCAGCCGAUGCAGCUUCCAUACCAAGCACAACAGCUGUUUCAACAGCAGCAGGAACAGCUGCAACAGCAGCAAAUUCAACAGCAGCAUCUCAUGCAGCAACAAGGAUAUGAACCUGUACCACAGCAGCAAGUGCUGCUACUGCAGCAACUGGUACAGCAGCAGCAAGUGCAGGAACAACUGCCAUUGCAGCAGCCAGUGCAAGAGCAGCAACAGUCGCAGCUUCUACAACAAGAGCAACUAUUGCAACAGCAGAGGCAAUUGCUGCUGCAGCAUGUACAAGAUCAAGUAUUGCAGCUACAGCAAGUGCAAGAGCAACAGCUGUUGCAACAGCAACAGGAACAGUUUCAGCAGCAGCUGCUCCAACAGCAGCAACUGUUGCAGCAGCAGGGACAGUUGCAACAGCAACACUUGCAGCAGCAGGUAUGGUUGCUGCAGCCACAGGGACAGCUACAGCAGCAGCUAUUGCUGCAGCAGCAACAGGCACAGUUGCAACAGCAGCUGUUUCAGCAGCAACAGGCACAAUUACAGCACCAACUAUUGCUGCAGCAGCAGGAACAGUUGCAGCAGCAGCAGUUGUUGCAACAGCAGCAGGAACAGCUGCAGCAGCACCAGCAGCUGCAGCAUCCUCCACCUGAGGAAGAGGAAGUAGAACUGGAGCUCAUGCCGGUGGACGUGGGGUCUGAGCAGGAGCUGGAGAGGCAGCAAGAGCUGGAGAGGCUGCAGGAACAGCGGCAGCUGCAGCUAAAAAUGCAGGAGCAACUGCGUCAGCUGGAACAGCACCUGGAGCAGCAGCAGCAGCUGGAGCAGCAGCAGCUGGAGCAGCAGCAGCUGGAGCAGCAGCAGCUGGAGCAGCAGCAGCUGGAGCAACAGGAGGUGAACCUGGAACUGACCCCAGUGGAGCUGGACGCCCAGCAGCAAGAGCUGCAGCUGGAGCUGACCUCUGUGCAGCCAGAGCUGCAACUGGAGCUAGUGCCUGCUGCGGGAAGCGCAACACCAGCUCCAGCCACCGUCGUGGUGGCCCCUCCAGGUUAUGUGGUGCUGCAAGAGCUCAUGGUGUUGCCCGCUGUGGCCACAUCCACUGUGGUGGCCAUCCCGGGCCCAGCGGGGAGUGCAGCUCUGACUCCAGCCAGGCAGCGAAGGAAACGUCGAGCCCGGGAUAGGCCGACCAUCUGCGGGGAGUGUGGCAAGGGUUUCAGCCGCAGCACGGACCUGGUGCGCCACCAGGCCACGCACACUGGGGAGAGGCCGUAUCUCUGCAGUGAGUGCGGAAAAAGCUUCUCACAGCAUUCCAAUCUGGUGACCCACCAGCGCAUCCACACGGGAGAGAAGCCCUACGCCUGCACCUACUGCUCCAAGCGCUUCAGCGAGAGCUCUGCGCUCGUGCAGCAUCAACGUACCCACACCGGAGAGCGGCCCUAUGUCUGCAGCGACUGUGGCAAGCGCUUCAGCGUCUCCUCCAACCUGCUGCGCCACCGCCGCACCCACUCCGGGGAGCGGCCCUAUGUGUGCGAGGACUGCGGGGAGCGUUUCCGGCACAAGGUGCAGAUCCGCAGGCACGAGCGCCAACUGCAUGGGGCAGGACGCUCCAGAGGCCUGGGACUCCUGCGGUCCUCCAGGCCUGGGCCCUCCACAAGGGCCCAGCAGAACUCUGCAUCCGGGAAGCACUGAGAGGUGUUAGUGCCAUCCACACACACCUUGACCUAGUUCCUGGUCUUAACCCCAGUUUGAGGUCUUUCUGAAUGUCUUGAAUUAUCCUUAGGAAAGGUAGACUUCUGUCUUCUCCCAGACCGCCCCCCUCCCAACACACACACACACACACACACACACACACACACACACACACACACACAAGCACCAAAUUCACAGAUUCACCCUUCUCCCAAAACCAUCUCCAGAUGGGUGAGAGAGACUGCCCAAAGUUGUCCUUUCCUGGGAAAACAGGACUGAGAACUGGCUCGGUAGCAAGCAACUUGUGAGGUUUGAUACAACCAAACACUAACCAGCAAAUGAAAUGUGCACUGUGGGUGAGCACUGGUAAAGGAAUGGAUCAUUCUGAAUACUUAAGGAGAAACUGGAAAGGGAGAAGCUGAGGAUGGAGCUCAGCCUACCAUGGAUUGCUUGCCUAGCAGAAAGCCCUGGGUUUCGUCUCCAGCACCAUACAAACCUGGUGUAUGGACACACGAAAUCCCAGCACUUGGGAGGGGGAAACAGGAGGCUGAGGUUCCAGGUCAUUGUCAAGCACAUAGUGAGUUGGGGGAUAGCUUGGGUUACAUGAGACCCUGCCUCCAAAACAACAACAACAACAACAACAACAACAACAACAAACCGAAAUAAACAGAAAUUGGUCUU